CACGCAGUGAUUCCAAAGGAAAUUUCUUCCAGCGGCUUGGACUGUCGUCUCAGAAGAGUUCUGAUAAUCGACGAGGCGAUCCUAGGACGGGAACGUAUCCUCAGCAGUCCAAACAGUCUGUUGCCUCAAUUGAGAGGUGAUCCUAANUGUGUACAACCACCCUAUUCAAACGUUCAAAUCUGUGAAUCAGCAGUGCACAACGAGAUUCUGAGAAUCUAUCGCGAGGCGAGUCCUGAGACCAAGCCUGGAUAUGAGAAAGGACAUGAUAUCGAGAGUUUUAACGAAGAAAAUUGGAUUAUGAGAUGGAUGUUGUGUAAUCUUGAUUGCACCCGGAGAAAAUGA